UCGACACGUUGUGCGCAGGUCCCAUGGAAAACAGGAAAACAAGCUAGGCUUCUGACUGGUCAUUCGUACGGGGACUCCAGUCGGACUAGUGGACCUCCUGGGUAGGGCGGAGACCAGCUGCCCACCCGCAGUAGGAACGGUAGGGGCUACCUUACGCUAGUAUUGAGCCAAGGCGCCGGCGGGCGAAGUGGGGCAGCAGCUGGGAAGGAAAUUAACGCCGCUACGGAGUAUUUAUAAACACGCGCUAGUUCCCUGGUUUUCGCUUCCUUUCUAAUAUCUUUUGCGUGCCUCACGUGUGAAUUGCUCGGCGACGAGUCUGUUCUACUACAUUGAUCCGUACAUGCUAUCAUGGCGACGGCAAACCGUCUGGAUCGGUUGCUCGAAACCGUGCGCUCGCAUGAGGAAGUGGACCGCACGCGCAGAGCACAGGUUGAGCAAGAGCUUGCGAGACUCGACGAGCGCCUCGCCAAGCACAGUGUCAUCAAGCCGAAGCUUGAGAACCAUUUGGCAACCAAGUCGCAACUCAACUCUGAUAUUCAGCAGCUAAAAGAGGACAUACAGAAGCAGCGGGAACCGUACGGAGAUCUUUCUGAUUACGCUCGGUUGGACGACUUCAUCAAGAAUGUGUGGCCUCUCACCCAGGCUCUACGGUCGCAGCAGGAGGAGAAGUUCAAGUGCCUGCGCGACCUGGAAAGCGGAGAACCAGCACUUCUGGAUGAGAUUGGCGCGAAGGACAUUUAUCUCCAUGACUCCACGCCAUCCGACGAUGGGAAUUUCCCAGCAGAUCGUCACGAAAAUGGAGCUACUUCGCAUGAUGAUAGUGACCGUCCGGACCCCGUUUCCGAGCCCAGCCCAGACGCCUCUUCUCGCUCACUCGAAACUUUAUCCGGACGCCAGACAAAGAAACGUCGUAUGUCCCAACCGAAGGACAUUCCACGGAAAGCUGCCCGGUGCGAGGAAGAACGUACAAUCGAUAUUCACAAAUUCUUUCAAAACGGCAAGAGCAAACACAAGAUCUUCAGAGUAAAUGGUGAUGAGAACUGGUGGAUUGUGUGGUGCAAGGAACACAACAUGACCUUCAAUACCAAGCAACCGCUCAAAGGUGCUGGCAAGCAUAUAUUUACCGACCAGCAUGGGUUCGCGAAGAAGUCGAACGAGAUGGCCCUCGCGCUUCUAGGUUACAAGGUGCUCAAUUGCACUCCUCAGCUGAUGGAGGAGAACAACCGCGCUGUGGACGCCGAUUUAGAAGCCCGCGAGCCUCACUUGCCAUGCAGAAGCGGGCGUCGGAGCACGAUGUCUGGCGGUGACGGUGACGAUGCCGAAGCCGACUUUGUUCCAAAGAGACACAUGAAGAGGUCUAUUCAGCGCAGGACUGAAGCUGUGUCGCAGCCUGUGUUCGAUCCCAAACCAGGCCAGAUUUACCUUGCUUGGGUAUACCAGAACAUGAUGGCGGCAGUAUGUCUGCCACUCCCGCCUAGUGUCGAAGGUCCUGGCAUUACUGGGCUACAGGCACAGACAGAGGAUCUCGAGAAGGAGAUGGCAACCGACCCUCCGAGGUGCUAUGAGAAUGAAAAUGGCGCAUUUGUGUGGGCCAAGGACUACAGAGGCGAUGGACCCAAGAUUCGAGAGCGGCAACAUCCUGUUGUCCUGAUCAAUAAUCUCAACAUGAAGAAAUGGACGCGGGCAUGGAUUCCAGCAGUGGAUCUCCAGGAAGUCGAGGAGACUGAUCCGACUUUGCAAUCCGUCGCCAACCGCAGUGCUGUUCUCAGGGAGCUGCAAAGACGAGAGAACCUGGAACGAGACAAGAGUGGGCCCGCCGCAGGGAUGAACAGGUCUGGUAGUGUUGCUCCUGGUAGCGAUUUCUCGGCAUGUUACUCUCCAGAAACAAACCAUGGGAUACCAGCGAACGAUCAACCAAGAGGUUCCGUGGUUGCGGAAGGCGUGAAAGGGGCGGAAGGUGCUCAAGGCCAGGACCAAGUCAGCCCAAACGCCACGGACGAUGCGGAGAAGACUUCGCAUGCCCAAGAGGCAAACCAAAGCAUCCUGGAAACAGCUGACAAUUCUCAUUAUGGAGUAGCCACAGAAGCUACCGCAGAGCCGAGCAGAGCCAGAGAACAGCCUACACCAGAGCAAUGCCGCGGCUCACGAGAAAUUUUACCUUCAGUGACGUUGGGUGUCAAGCCAGAAACGGAUAUCCUUCUUCAUGAGGCGCAAGGGGCGGAAAUGCAGCACGAAAAUGGCAUGGUUACUGGCAAGUGUGGUUCUACCAGUUCCGAAGCCUUGGGUGGUAAGAACGAAAAGAUCACCCCGACAAGCAAAGCUUCGAUGGACGAAGAGUCAUGCACGUACGGGGGAGUCGAUUUUCAUGGGCUCGAGCUUUUCGGAAGGGGGUCACGAUAAAGUGUUAAGAAGUGCAGAAGUCAGAUGCUUUCAUUGGUCCUUCUCCGGCGCAGAGAGCUCAGUUGUCGUAGAGCGGUUCCCAAUCUCAGGGAAGUAGAGGGACCAAGGAUCUGAAUACGGACGAAGAACUUGGGAGGAAGGCAAUAGCAAAGAACUUGCGCUCCGGGAUCCAAGGGUCUGACUGUCGAUGAUCGGACUGCAGAAGCAAUGGCGUCAGGGUAGACAUGCGUUAGUUCAGACCUAGCACAGAGAGCACUCUGA